GCUGAUUAUGACUGGACUUCCGUUGAGCCUCUUUUAAGUAACGCGAGCGUCAACAACUGCGUCCAAAAUUGGAAGCUUCUUAUUAAAAACCUGGAAGAGUUCUUCAUUGACAAGUUGCAUCAGCUUAUCAUAGCGCCACCGCCUAGCAUUUUUCACAUUGUCUACUCACCUUCAUCACUUGCAGCUAAGAUUGAAUUAAGACGUGCAACCCUUUUACUGCUUUUUGCUGCAAUCAGCUGUGAAAAACGCGAACUCUAUAUCCGAAGCAUAAUGGAAAACCUCAGCACGGAUGUUCAAAAUGGUAUAAUGCAGAGUAUUACAGGCUUGGCUGAGGAAGUCAUCCGUCGAGUCAGUGAUCAACACCGGGAACGGACUCCAAAAAAAGGUGCACUUUUGACACUACAACAGGAGCAGCAUCUUAAUAAGAAAUUUCCAGUCAACCUUUCGAGAAGUCGUUCAUUGGCGUCUUCUCUUGAACUAAUCGGUUGUGCCUUUAGAAGGACCAUUGAAGACAGAGAACAAAUGCAAAAUCAUCCAAUGGGCGUGGAUGCGGAUACUAUGACGAAUUCAGAAACUGGAUAUGAGAGUCGCCCACCCACUGAUGAGGCUCUAAAAGACAGGUCGGAGUUGUUGGAUAGCAGAGACUUGGACACUCUCUUGGUCUUCUUAGAAACUCAGUCAUUUAUUGAUACUGAUGAAAAGAAACAUAUCGUGGCACAAAUCGACAAAACCAAAGCCAAGUUGAGACAACAAGGCAUUUUGAUUUCGGAACAGGCGGAUCAGUUGGAGGAAAUGCAAAUGCAGCUAACAGAGGCGCGUUCGGAGGCGGAUCAGCUGCGAGUUGAACGGAUGCGAUUGGCCGACGCGGCGACUGCGGCGAGACACUGGCAGGAUGAAGCCGACGCUGGACAGCUUGCGAUAGCUCAGCUUCGUGACGCUGAACGCACCUGCGAGAAAUUAAAGCAACGCCUUGAAGCAGCUCAGUUCUACAAAGUUCGAUGUCAGGAACUUAGUGUCGAGGUCGAUGUCCUGAUCAAAGAGCGCGAUGAUCUUGAAUCCCGCCUCUCCGAGCAACAGGAGCGGCAAUCAAAAGCACAAUUACUAGACAGAAAACUUACAGAAAAAUCUAAACGACUGCUUGAUUUAGAAUUGCAAAGGGAAAGGGACCUAGAGGAAAUUUGUAGACUGAAGAAUGAACUGAUGGAAGCUCGUAUUGAUGCACUCAACCUUUCACGGAAACAGUCGAGUUUAAGGAGCACAAGUCCUAUUCAUUCGGACUGUGAAGAUAAUAACAUAAUCUGCCCAAUUGUUCAACGUGAGCAUCCAAUGUCGGCUAGGGAACAUCCAUACUUGGAUAAAUUGUCCCCAAUCCAUGGCAAAUCACAAAAGACGGUAAUGGAGAAACAGGAAGAGUUGGAAAUUGCUGUUGCACGGUGCGCCUCUCACUUGCGAGGAAUUCGAGCAAAGCUGGAUGCCAGUCGUGGGAAAACAAGCUCAGACCUCUCAUCGCCGAACUCAGGCAGAUUAUCUGACGCUGCAAAUUCCAGCAUCGGGGAACGUGUCGACGCCUUUAUGGAGGACCUCGAACAGGUGAUUCGCGAUGUUAUUGGUGCAGUGAAAGAAAACGACUUGAAAGUCGCUGCUUUGGCUAAGGCAAAUUUUUCAAAUCCGACAACAUCACAGACUGCUACUCAAACUGAUCCCCUUCAAUAUCAAAUGGACGAAAAGACAUUUUCACAGUCAUCCGCAUUUCUAAAGAAAAUAAUGCAAUCGGCGCAGUCGACCUUUCAGGACAGUGUCGACUCGCUGCGUGACAUUCUGACCGACGCAAUGCUCUGUGAACUUCGAGGAAAUGUUAACUCGGCCAAAGACUUGAACAGACGGCCAGUGCCUCGGAGAGAGACACACUGCCAAACAUCACCAGAACUCCAUACAGUUACAACUUCUGGUGAAGUUCAACGAUCUUAUAGAAUUUGCAAUCAGUUCGGAACCCCGCUGCAACUAGUUUCAAUAUGUAAUGGAGUUCGCGAUGCCCGACCAAAGGUCUUCAGUCACAAAGGAGUUAACACAACGCCCAUCGUUGACUCGAGUCAAGUUAGCGUCAAGGAGGCAGCGCACGAGGCCUUGCUUCAGGCUACUGAGGCGAAAAAGCUCCUCGCAACGGUUUGUCAAGAGAACAAUGAGACCAAGGAUCGAGCGGAGGCAAUCAAACAUGAACUGGACCAUUGCAAGGCCUUUCUCGAAGUGUACGAAAAACGAAAUGCGUACUUGGAGAAGGAGAACCGAGCUGUGCUUCUCCAACUUAGGUCUCUCCUCUCCCAAAACCAGGACGUCUUCAUGGAGGCUCUCGAAAGCAGUGAGUGCCACUAUCGGGAAAAAUUGGCUCUCCAUGACGAGUUGGCAGUGUUGAAACGCCACAAGGAGCGGUUGGAAGAGAGAAUUGUCGGGCAGUGCGGAAGGCUGCCAUCACCCAAAAAGUGCGGAGCCAGGUUGAAUAUGAUUUUCCCCGGUGGUAAUCCAGUGUAUUUUGCAAAAUCGCAUUUCGGUGAGGUGUCUAGAGCGAGGGAGAUGCAGCCUAAGCGUCUGCGUGACGCGGUUCAGGCCCCAUAUUUUCUGUACCCGGCUGCUCUCACGUCGGUCACGGUGUCACCCCGGGUCAAACCCGGUCUGAGAAUUCUGCAGAAGGCUCGCGAGGCUCUCAUGAAGCAUAAAGGUGUCUACACACUUGAUGAUAGUCGUCUGUCACUAACAGAUACAAACGGAUCUGAUAGGUCAUCUACGUCGCCCCUUUUCAAAUCCUCACCACACUUCCCCGUUACAGAUAGAUGCGAGGAUGAUUGCGUCGACGUGCGCUCGUCCAGUUCCAUCGUGCCACCGACCGGGAGAGCCACAGUGGCCGGCAUCGGUUCCCAGGGGUGCGUGGCCGAGCGAAGUCGACCGACAACGUUGGGCUCACGACCCACCGACAGUCCACGUUCUGCUUUUGCACGCAAGCGCCGGGUGUCUUCGACUAAUGAGAACUCACAAACGCCUUUACUGGGUGGUUUGAUUGGUCGAAGUAAAGGCUCAUUCAGUGAAGCAACUUACAAUAAUCCAGUUUCCUCGUCUUCUCGAUCUCGCAGCGGCACUUUGAGCCCCAGACCAGGAAGAACUCCAGAAGCGUCCUCGGAUAACCUCACGACAGCUGCACCAUCGGUCAGCAUCACAGCAACGUCUGACUGUCUUGCUAAGCCGGUAGUUUUCCUGGAGUAUGGGGACUUGUGA